AUGCUCCUCAGACGCUGCCGUGCGAUAUUCAGAGCGGGCUCGAGAUCUUUCGCGACUUCACCCAUUCGUCUCGCACCAAAAACCCCUCGAAAGGCUUCAAAGUCGGCCACGCCUAGCUUUGAUCUGUCAGAUAUUCAGUCGACCAUAUCCGGUUUCAAAUCGGAACCCUUGGCCUCUUGGUCCGAUACCUCUACAGUAUCACCUUCCCGACGAGCAAAAAAGGUAGCGCAUGCCGACCCGCUAGAAGAUGGUCAACAAAUAGCCAAGUCUACCUGGCAAGUGACCGAGCAAGAUGAGAUUCACAAUGCGAUACAGUCUGGUAUUAUUCCGGAUACGGCUCUUGCCCAUGAAAUCUUCUUGAACUGGAAACGAUUUCCAGACUGUAUAUUGCUCACUAGAUCGUACUUUGAGCCCGCACGCAAACUGGCCUCCAUACUAUCUCUCACUCUCGCCGAAAAGUCAUACGGCAGCACGUCUAAAUCCACCAAGCGCUCAUUCCCUUUUGCCGGGUUUCCGGUCGUUGGACUGGACAAAUAUCUCAAGAUUCUCGUUCAAGAUCUCGGACACACUGUCGUGCUUGUAGAAGAGUUUGACAGUGAGGGCGCGGUAGCCCAUACUGGGAAAAAGCUUACCGCCGGUGCCGGGCCCAAAGAGCGCAGGGUCUACCGAGUCGUCACGCCGGGUACGAUGGUGGAUGAAGGGUGGCUUGACAGUAAUGAGAGUCGGUACCUUCUUGCUGUGGCCAUUGGGGACAACGCAAAUGAAGGCGGCUGCGAAAUCUCUCUAGCGUACACGGACGCUUCGACGGGAGAGUUCUUUACAAAGGACACCACCUUGUCGCAGAUGGAGGACGAGCUGACUCGUAUCGCCCCGCGGGAGGUGGUCUUGGACGCUUCGCUCAAGCCCCGGUGGCAGGAGUUGACGAGUUCAGUUCAAUCAGACAAAGUCACUGUCUCUGACGAGCUUUUGACGCUUCUUCAGUUGUUGGGUGUACACGUAUCGUUUGCCGACCCCCACAACCCCCCACCUCUCUGGACUUCUGCCUCCCCCGAAGCAUUCCCCAUUUCUUCCACAGAAGACUUUUCUAUUGCCCUCCUCCGCCAUCACCUCCAGUAUGCACUUCGGGACACCAUGCCCGCCCUGAGUGCCCCGGACAAGCAGGUCAAUUCGGCGUCCAUGCAGAUUGACGCUGCUACUUUACAAGCACUUGAGAUCAGGCAUGCUCUCAGACCGGGGGGUCUACAGUCUACAGGUGAAUCGCGACCUUCCUCGUCACCUUUGUCUUCGAGAGGUACACUCUUGUCCACCGUUUCCAAGACGAUAACGCCCUCUGGCCAUCGGCGCCUCAUCCGAACCCUCACCGCCCCCUCCACCUCCCUCCCAGCUAUCAAUUCUCGUCUCGCCCUGGUUGAAUCCUUCGUCGACCGCGAUGACCUCCGUGCCGAUUUGCGUGAUCAGCUGAAAGGGGUCGGAGAUAUCAUGCGGAUCAUCCAGCGAUUUCGGGGACAGCGGGGGACGGGGAGGGAUAUUUGGGAUGUCGGAAAGUGGAUCAGGGACGUACAGAAGAUGACAGACGUUAUCAAGAUGGAGACCUCAAUCGAGACAAACAUUACUCGAGAGGGAGAGACAGUGUCUGGAGGAGUCCAACGUCUGAAAGAUUUUGUGCAAUCUUUCAGCGCCAUCGAGGACAUAGCCGCCAAAAUCGAAUCGGCUAUUGAUGAAUGGGCUGUCAUGUCCAAAUACGCCAACACCAACUUAGAGAUCAAUGAGGAGUCGGAAGGCUUAGGGGACGGGCUGAUGGAAGGGAGCAAAGUCACUGAGACGGACGCGGAAAAGAAAGAGAGGAUCAAGCGAGAAAGGGAAGAGAAAGAGAGGGCAGAGUGGUGGAUACAGCCUCAGUUCAAUAAUGAGCUGAAGACGUGGCAUAAGGAGCUCGCAUCGCUGAAGUCGGAAAUGCUGAAACUGCAAAAGAAUCUUGCCAAGAAGCAUGGUACUCCAACUCUGACUGUUGAGAGGGGCGUCAAGUUCAGAUACCACCUCCAGAUGUCCAAAGACGAUGCCAACAAGGUGGCCAAGGCGAGAUCUCUGGAGCGCAUGGGGAGCACUACAGGCAAGACGGCCUUCUUUGCACACGGACAAGUGACUGCUCUGGGACAUAGACUAGACCUCACCACCGAGAAUUUGGCCAACGCCCAACGUCGAGCGGCUCGUGACUUGCAGAACAUGGUCGUUGAGUAUGCCGACGACAUACAGCGCAAUGCGAGUCUAGUGGACGAGAUGGAUCUCAGUAUGGGCUUUGCGGAAAGCGCGGUCCAGAUGGGCUGGGUCAAACCCGUUCUCGAUGAAGGGACCGGCCUUCACAUCGAGAAUGGCCGCCACCCCUCUGUCGAGUCGGCUCUCCUCUCCUCUUCUCGCCUCUUCACCCCCAACUCCACCUCCAUGUGCCCCCUCACCCAUCUCCACGUCAUAACUGGCCCAAACCAAGGCGGCAAAUCUACCCUCCUGCGUCAGACUGCUGUCAUCGCCAUCCUAGCCCAAAGCGGGAGCUUUGUCCCCGCAGAUAAAGUGGAGAUGGGAGUGGUGGAUAAAGUGUUUAGUAGAGUCGGGGCGAGGGAUGAUCUGUGGAGGGACAGGAGUACGUUCAUGUUGGAGAUGGUUGAGACGGCUGCUAUCCUCAAGCAUGCCACGGACAGGUCCCUGGUCAUCAUGGACGAAAUUGGACGAGGAACGACCCUGCAAGCGGGCAUCUCGAUAGCAUACGCUACUCUGGACUAUAUACUGCAAAACAUCAAGUGUCGCACCCUCUUCGCUACACAUUAUCACGAGCUGGGCAAAAUGCUGGGAUACCGGAGAGAUGAGAAAGAACAGAAAGAGUCUUUGGGGCAAGAAGGGAUAGCAUUCUGGUGCACUGAUGUUGAUGAGCUUGAUGGUGCUUUCUCAUACUCUUACAAACUGCGUCCUGGCAUCAACUAUGAUUCACAUGCCAUCAAAGCUGCAAGUCUAGCAGGCAUGCCAGAAUCCUUCCUCCAAGUAGCCGAAGACACCCUCAAAAGCAUCGAAAAAUCUUCUUCAAAGUAG